CCCGGAAGCAGAAGUGACUCCCACAGGCUGAGUGCUGGGGAGCUGCAGCGGUGAUCGCAGCGGUAGAAGCAGCAAUUUGUGUGCAGCCCCAAACUGGGAAGAAGAUGCUAAUUAAAGUGAAGACGCUGACCGGAAAGGAGAUUGAGAUUGACAUUGAACCCACAGACAAGGUGGAGCGAAUCAAGGAGCGUGUGGAGGAGAAAGAAGGAAUCCCCCCACAGCAGCAGCGGCUCAUCUACAGUGGUAAACAGAUGAAUGAUGAGAAGACAGCAGCUGAUUACAAGAUACUAGGUGGUUCAGUCCUCCACCUGGUAUUGGCUCUGAGAGGAGGAGGCGGUCUUAGGCAGUGAUGGACCGCCCCCCCCCAUUUCACCUCCUUGCCCUGUCGCUCAUUAUGAGGAAUCAUGUAUACUCUCACACUGUGGGACACCAGAGCCACUGCC